UUAUAUUUAUCAUUUCCAUCGCCCUGAUCCUGUCACGUUUACCGUGCGUAUCACAGGUAUCACAUUUUCAUAUGCAAAAUGCAAAUCGUUCGCUUUUUUCCGGCCAACAAGUAUAUGUAUGGGUCGAAAAAACAAACGCGGUUCUCGUUACGAAUUUUUAUACUACCUACCUACCUGCCAAAUUACGUGACGUUUCGAUUUAAAAUUGAAUAGUAACAAUUUUCACGAUUAACAAUAAAUGUUUAAAUCCAUCGACACUUGACAUGUAAUUGGAAAACAAAUCCAUUAUGAAAACCAGGCAAAUUGAGCGUGUAUAAAAAUCGGCAAGAUAUCAGCAUUCAUCGAUAGGGAAUAAAUCGUUGAGCAGCAGGUUAUAAGCGUCUAUCGGUAUGUAUAUCCUGAACGGAAGAGGGGAUCACCAGAAGCGUAUACGUGGAAUAAUAGAAACAUUUUAAUGGUGUACCGUCGCUAAUUUAUAAAAACAGAGAUGCCACCACCCGCUUGUCCCGGUUUGACGAAAACCGAACAGCUCCGUCGGGCGAGAACGCAAGCGGCAUUGAGGGAACAUGACCGAAGAGAGCAGGCAUUGGCGAGACAUGAGCCAGAGCCGUUCAGAUCACGGCCCAGAAGGCCGGCCAGGCCGGAACCAAAGAAAGUGGACUUCACCAGGCCGGGAUUGACCAAAGCGAUGAUAGCUAAACUGAAACAUUCCGAAAAGUUUAAGCAGGAACUCGAACGGAAAGCAGAAGCGACUCUUCACACUCGGGUACCUAAACGAACGCCCGCGCCGAUAGGAGGUGAUGCCAGAGCGGGCAGGGAGAGAUCGGUGCCCAGAGUACGCAGAACUCCUGCAACGAGUCGGGGUCCAUCACCAGGACCGAGUCAAGUACCAAGAGCCACGACUCCGAGAAUGCCCGUACCUAGAAGAACCGCCGAGUUAGCUAGGAUGAUGAACGCUGACGUGGUUCAAGCCGAACCAGUGGGCACCGGUCCUAUCGAAAAUAUCGUAAUACCUUCUGGACUGGUGAGCGAUCGUCCGACCAUCGUUAACAUAACACCGCCAGCGGAAACGAGUCCAGCCGAAGGGAGAAUAGGAAUGGAUAUGGCGAACCAGUCGAUUCAAGUGAUCAACCAAUCGCUGGACGAACAAGAUGCCGUGGAGUCUGCAGCGGUGAACAAUAGAUUAACAGACUUGCAGAAUGCCAGAAGAGAAUUUGUGAUCGCGGUGGCGAACGUCGGCGGUAACGCUAUUCACCUGGAGGACGAACAGCCCGAGAUCGUCGAACCACUUCCCAUCAGUCCUUUGCGUCCAACGACUCCGGUCGUUCCCGAGUCUCCACCGGCUUAUGUGAGACGAGUCCCGGUGAUAGAAGAACCCGCGUACGGUUUCGAUCACCCGGACGUUGUUGCAGCUAUGGAGCACUUGAGAAGGAUACGAGAAGAGAUGCGAGCGAGGGACGCGCAUAGAAGAUUGGAGGAGGAAUUCGCGAGAAUACAAGCGGAAACAGACGCGGCGAACGUACCGAUAUUCGAAGAAGUAGAUCCGGAUCCGGCCUACGAAUAUCCACCGUUCGAUCCUGACGAAUUAGGGAGAUUCUUCGAUGUUCAAAGAUAUCCGACUCCCUGCGGUCAUUGCGGAGGGCCGCCGCCGGAGAGAGCGCAUUUGCCCCAAGAUUUGUGGGAAUUGGAGGACCCGUGGGCAAGACCGCCCCCGGAACCCGAUGUUCCUGAUCUUAUACAGUUCGAUUGAACGGUGAGAAACGCGCGGCUCACUGC